UAUUCUAUAUUUUUUAAAGAGCUCUGUACACAUCCAUAGUAAUGACAAAAUUGAAAUGUGUAUUUAUUGCCUCCCAAUAUCACUAAUAUUGCAACUGAUUCAGCACUAUGCACAUUACGCUUUCACAUGAACAUGAAACACAGACCCGCGCUCAUGUCAGUACGCUUUCACUCAUACAUGCACACUGUUAACUUAUGUAUGUGUAAUUGUGAUGUUUUACAGCAAAGAUGGAAAAAGUCCCGAACUACACACAAGUGCGUGAAGGUGAUCAUGCCAUGGUAGCCUGGAAGAUGCCUCGUUAUCGAUAUGAAUUCUACAUCAUGACACCUAGUGGGGAUAAGUUUAUGGCAGUGGAUUCCAAUAAGGUCUACAUACUUCCUGAGUACUGGCUCAGAACCAGGAUGGUGGAGGUUGUUACCUCCCGUAACACCAGCACCUAUGUCUUUCGUCUCUACAAUGUUACACUAGCUGAUGCUGGAAGGUACACCUGCAGGAGAGAGGAAAAAGGUGCAACCAAGAUUUCCAUGACUCGGUGUAUACACGACCUGUUUGUCUCACGUCAUGACGCCACUGCAACAAAGCCAGUUAUGACAUCGCCGAGUAAGUCUACGUAUCUAUCAAUGACAUCACAAGAACCACACUCAAAGGCCCAUGUGACAUCCCCUAGUUUGUAUGGAUAUGCCGCUCUUAUAGGAAUCCUGGUAGCGGUUCUCAUUGUAUUUGUUAUCAAACGGCGUUCUUUCUGUAUUCAAUGCAAGAGGUCACGGCAUGAAGACGACGGAGGAAGUAACACGGACGUGUGUAGUGGAGAAGAACAUGAGCUACCAUGGCAACCAGACAGCGCUGGAGCAGGACAAAAUACGCCGGAUGGUGUGACCGUCCAGAGGAUACAUACGGCGGCUGUUCCUUGUAGUAUGAUGUCUCUGCCUCGGAACGAGAACAGUGAUCGGACGUGUGACACGGAGGAACAUAUCUACGGAACUGUUACCGUCGUGCAAUGUCACACAUCUAGUAUACUAUGAUGAGUUGGCCAAGCAAAAGGUGGUCAAUAGUAUGUCUCAGUAAUUGAUAGUAUUGAGGUUAUGGUUCCUAUAUGUUUUGUAUGUAGUAUGGGAGUGGUCCCCCAUACAGAGAUGCCAAACAACAACAGAACGUUGUCGAUAAGGUGUAACCAUGGCUUAUGUUAUUAUGUAGUAUGGGAGUGGUACCCAUACAGAGGUGCCGAACAACAACAGAAUGUUGUCGAUAAGGUGCAACCAUGGCUUAUGUUAUUAUGUAGUAUGGGAGUUGUCCCCCAUACAGAGAUGCCAAACAAUGACAUAACCUUGUCGAUAAGGUGUAACCAUGGCUUAUGUUAUUAUGUAGUAUGGGAGUGGUGCCCCAUACAGAGAUGCCGAACAACAACAGAACGUUGUCGAUAAGGUGUAACCAUGGCUUAUGUUAUUAUGUAGUAUGGGAGUGGUACCCCAUACAGAGUGGCCGAACAACAACAGAACGUUGUCGAUAAGGUCGAACCAUGGCUUAUGUUAUUAUGUAGUAUGGGAGUUGUCCCCCAUACAGAGAUGCCAAACAACGACAGAACCUUGUCGAUAAGGUGUAACCAUGGCUUAUGUUAUUAUGUAGUAUGGGAGUGGUGCCCCAUACAGAGAUGCCGAACAACAACAGAACGUUGUCGAUUAGGUGUAACCAUGGCUUAUGUUAUGUAUGUUGCAUUUGAGUGGUGCCCCAUACAGAGAUGCCGAACAACAACAGAAUGUUGUCGAUAAGGUGUAACCAUGGCUUAUGUUAUGUAUGUAGUGUGGGAGUGGUCCCCCAUACAGAGAUGCCGAACAACAACAGAACGCUGUCGAUAAGGUGUAACCAUGGCUUAU